AUGACCACCCAUCCCACCAACGUUGAGACAUCUGAGAUCCCCUCGACGACAGCUAAAGUCGAUCACACAUACACACCCUCCAUGGAUGAUUCGGCACCAUUAUUAGUUGCCACUCCGUUGUAUGGAACGGCACAACCGGAAACGGUGAUCUUUGAUGAAGCGGCUGUUCUACCUGCUACGGCUAUAGUCGACGGGUCGCAGUCGUCCAACCAUGUUCAAGGUGAUCCACUAUUGAUCCGAGGGGCCCUUAGUGCAGAUCUUACUGCCUCUUUCAGCGACAAACAAGAAGAGCCAGUCUACCGAGAUGUCCCCUUUGCCAUUCUUUUCUGGGUGCAAUUGAUCGUCGUGUUGACCUUGGGAUUCACAAUCGCCCCCAAAGGAUACGCAAUGAUGGACUUUGAGAAAAUCAAGGCAGAAAUUGAAAAGGACCCUGAUACCAGCGCUUCGGAUAUUCAAGACUUUGAGACAUUUGUCGCUUUUGCUGCUACCUAUCUCAGCGUCUACCCGGCACGAAUUAUCACCUAUCUACUCUAUCCGACAACGCUGGUGGCCUUUUCUAUGGCCUUAUUCAUCGUCACGACAAUCAUUCGACCCUGCUCCCACUUUAUGGUGACCUUGUGUCUGAUUGGAUGGUUCGUCGAUGCCUGCAUUCUUAUGGGCAUGAUGGUGAUAUCCAAUCCAUCACCUGUGUCUUUGAUGUUGGCUGUUGGAGUUCUCAGUGUCGUUGCUUACUAUAUUCGAGCAGCAUGGCGAUUGAUCCCAUAUUCAGCCGUCAACUUGCGUGUCUCAUUGCAAGGAGUACAGUCAAACUGUGCAAUCUAUAUUGUGGCACUCGGUCUGGCAGAGAUUGGAUUCCUUUGGGUCUUCUUCUGGUUCUAUGUUGUAUGUGGGACGAUGCUCUAUAUUGGCCAGACGCAGUGCCCCGACAUGUCGACGGAAGACGAUUGUGACGCUCAAGGGCCGGCCUUCUUCUUUCUAUUCGUUUCUCUAUUGUGGACAAGCCAAGUGAUUAACAAUUUGAUUCAAGUAACGGUGGCUGGGGUGAUGGGAACAUGGUGUUUUGACUACGGCCAUGCAAGAAACUGCUGUUCGUCAGCCAUUUGGUCGUCUCUUUAUCGAAGCUUCACGUUUAGCUUUGGCUCCAUCUGUUUCGGAUCGCUCCUCAUGGCUGUUGUUCGGGUGAUACGCUACUUCGUUGAGGGUGCCAAACAACAACGAGAUCGUAGAGCCGACAACUGUGAAGGGUGCGAGAUGCUCUCGUGCAUCCUGGAUUGUCUCAUCAAGCUGUUCGAGGACGUAUUGGAUUACUUCAACCACUGGAGCUAUGUCUUUUGUGGGCUUUACGGGUACUCCUAUCUGCAAAGUGGAAAGAUGGUGUUGGAACUCUUCCGGGCUAGAGGAUGGGAGACGUUCGUGACGAAUGAUCUUAUUAGUUCGGUUCUCACCUUUACAACAUUCAGCGUAGGUUGCUGUACUGGGUUGGCAUCUAUGGGCCUGGAGAGGCUGAUCGAUUCCAUGAAGGAACCUGAUGUUUUUGAUGCAGAGGCCAAAGGACGAGAGCCAGAACAGUGGGAGAUCAAUACGUCAUUCUUGUUUGGCCCUCUGCCUCAUGCCCCUUUCUUGGCGCUAGGUUUUGGCUUUCUGAUUGGAGUGAUUGUAUGCUCGAUCAUGAUGAGUGUUGUUCGGGGUGCCGUCAAUACCUUGAUUGUUUGUUGGGCAGACUCACCAGCCCGAUUAGAAGAAAACCAUCCAGAAUUCACCAAGGACAUGGCAGACACAUGGACCUCUGUGUUCCCGCAGGCUAGGGUGUACGUGACUUCAUUACCGCAGCAACAGCCAGAAGAUGCCAGAUGAUGACCUGCAUGGCUGUACCGUAUCCCCGGGUCCUGAAUAGUCGACGACGCAAAAGUUGUA